AAAUGUGCAAUCUGCACUCCGACCUGCGAAAGGCAGCAAUAUGCAACACACAGUCUAGAGUGCCGGAAAUUAACACGAAGAAAAAGGAGGGUCGCAGUUCAGGCGCCAUUUCAGCAGCUACGAUGAGACCCACUUCCAGUAAACAUUGAGAGGGGGGGGGGGCAUCAAUUUAACACAUUUUUGCUAAAUAAGUAGCUAGUUAGAUAUCGGGUAACCGUGAGAGGAGACAAAACGAGUCCUCUAAAGGUUAGAGGAAAGGGGCGGAAGAUGGCGGUCGACAGACGAGACGAGAAAGAGGGAGAGCUCAGCGUGCUGGACGACAUCCUCACCGAGGCCCCUGAUCAGGAUGACGAGCUCUACAACCCGGAGAGUGAACACCACGUCAACCAGAAAAAAGGGUCUAAGAGGAAGAACGACCGAGGGGAUAACCACGAGCUGAAGCGUCUGCGGCCCUCGGCUCACACCACCACCAGACAGGCCACUAAGAGAUCUGCCCCCUUGGCUGGAGCCAGCGGGAAGAAGCCUGUCAACCCCAGGCGGGGACGGCAUCCCUCCGAGUACAGGACUGAAGAUUACUACGAGGACAGGAAGACCCAUCCUAUGAGAGAUCCUCCCAAAACAGCCCACCCGGACAAGCCCCUGGGCCACAGGAGAGAGCCAGACAGACAGAGGAUCAAGCCCCUCAUGCCUGAGCUCACCACAGAGAAGCUGAUGCGUCCCAGUGAGGAGAGCGUUGGCAUGGUCAGCCCUUCCUCUAAGGAAGAGGCAGAAGAGGAGGCAUCCGACCAGGAGACGGGCAGCACGGCCGAGUCCUCCGAGGGAAACCCUUCCAACAUGGAGGAAGAGGAGGACGGAGAGAAUGACCCAGAGGAAGAUGAGGAGGAGGAGGAGGAAGAAGAGGAGGAAGAGUAUGAGCAGGAGCAAGGGGAUCGCAGAGCCAGGAAUGCGCCAAAUGAUUACGACACUCGCAGUGAAGCCAGCGACUCCCAGUCUGAGUCGGUGUCCUUCUCUGAGGGGGAGUCGGUUCACUCUGGCUCUGGGUCUGACGCCUCAGGUUCUGAGAAGACGCGUGAGAAGCUGUCGUCGUCUGUCCGCGCCGUUCGCAAGGACCAGACCAGCAAGCUGAAGUACGUCCUACGAGACGCCCGCUUCUUCCUGAUCAAGAGCAACAACCAUGAGAACGUCUCCCUGGCCAAGGCUAAGGGGGUGUGGUCCACUCUGCCCGUUAAUGAGAAGAAGCUGAACGCUGCCUUCCAUUCCGCUCGCAGCGUCGUCCUGGUCUUCUCAGUCAAGGAGAGUGGCAAGUUCCAAGGUUUUGCCAGGCUGUCCUCUGAGUCCCAUCAUGGAGGGUCUCCCAUCCACUGGGUCCUGCCUGCUGGGAUGAACGCCAAGAUGCUGGGUGGGGUGUUCAGGAUCGACUGGAUCUGCAGACGGGAGUUGCCAUUCACUAAAACGGCUCACCUCUCCAACCCAUGGAAUGAACGCAAGCCUGUAAAGAUCGGCCGGGAUGGACAGGAGAUCGAGCCAGGGUGUGGGAUGCAGCUGUGCAUGCUGUUCCCCCAGGACGAGAGCAUUGACUUGUAUCAAGUUAUUCAUAAAAUGCGACACAAGAGGAGGAUGCCUUAUGAGCCCCGCUCUCGAGGACGCCCGCCGCACAGAGAGCCCGCCCGAGGCGACCUGGGAAGGCAUCGGCCAGAGGAAAAUGCCAUUCACAACAGGAAACGCCCGAGGAUUGACUAUCCAGCAGAGUUCCCACAGAGACCAGCCUUUACACCGGACCCACGCAACCCGCCAGUUGACCGGCGGUUCCCCACUGGAGUAAGACGAGAUGUUUUUCUCAAUGGGUCCUACAACGAUUACAUGAGAGAGUUCCACCACACCAUUGGGCCGCCUCCUCCUUGGCAAGGAAUGGCGCAGUACCCUGGGAUGGAGCAGCCACCUCACCACCCGUUCUACCAGCACCACCCUCCUCCUCCCCAGGCGCACCCCCCCUACGCUGGGCACCACCCUGGGCACCACCCUGGGCACCACCCUGUACCACACGACGCCCGCUUCAGGGAGAAGAGAGUCGUCCGCUCCUUCAGCUCCAACCUGCAUGACUAUGACAUGCGGGUGGAUGACUUCCUGAGACGGACCCAGGCCGUGGUGACCGGUCGCCGCAGCCGUCCCCGGGAACGAGACCGGCAGAGGGAGCGAGAAAGGCCCCGGGACGCCCGCCGGGACCGGGACCGCGACAGGGAGAGAGACAGGAUCAGGGACAGGGAGAAGGAGAGGGGGCGCUACAGGAGAUAAUCAGGGACAUAUUCAAAUCAAACAGCAAGUCCUGCGGUAGUUUAUCUUACCGUGUUUCCUUUUUUAAAAUAAGCUGUACCUUUUUUUUAAGUGAUUGUGUAAUCUUUUUUACAUUAUGUUGUCAAGUCAUCAGCUCAUAUCAUGAAUGCAGUGUAACUGAACAAAGGCAACAACAGGAGAAGGGGUUUGCAGAUGUGAUGUUAGGUUGUUUUUGUUUCUUAGAACCAGACAGACAGUGAUGACUUUAAAUGUUUAAUGCCAUAUGGUCUUUAUGUUGUUCAUAAUUGUACAUGGUUCAAAUGAAGAUCUUGCUAUUAAAAGGGGUAUAAUUGAGUUGUACUGAA